CAAAACUAAUAACACCAAACUUUAAGAGUCUUAAAAAAUCUUAAUUGAAUAAUAAAAGAUUCUUCAUAACAUUUUAAGUCAUUAAAAGUCCUAAACAAUCACAAACCAAUAACACCCCUUUAGUUUUUUUUUUUUUUUAAUACAAAAUCCUAAGUUCUUGAAUUAUACCUUUUGAAAAAUAUACACAUUAUACCCUAAUCUGUUUUUCUUUUGGUAACCAAAACCCUAAUUCUCUAACACGAUAUAUAUCAUCCUUUACUUCGCCUUUUUGAUAACUUCCUAUAUCUCCUCCACCUUCAUUCUUCACGCUGUUCUCUUCAUUUUUCCCCCACCUCUAUUCCACAUAUGACAUAUCGAUUAUUCUUUUGAGUUUAAGUUUUCAUAGACCACCGGCUCCAUGUUUAGUGUUAAUAAAAGAACACAAGCCUUCUCUGUCUUUAUUUUCUUUUUGUCCAUUGCUAAAUCUAUCAGAUAUUUGACAAAGCAGAGAUCAUCAAAACAAGAAGAAAGAAGAUUGGAAGAUUUUCAACUUCUUUUGUCAAAAUUAAAAGAUUUUCAACUACCCCUUGACCUAAUUGUGGAGAUACUCAAAAAACUCCCGACAAAAUCUUUGAUGAGGUUCCGAUGUGUCUCAAAGCAAUGGUCAUCCAUUAUAAGCAACCGUAGAGACUUCGUUGAGUCGAUCAUGUCUCGGUCUUUGAGACAGCCGCCUCAUAAGCUUCCGGUCUUCAUCUUCCACCGGUGUGCGCCUGAAACUUCCUUCACCGUGUCGUCUACAUUCUCUCUAAGCACAAAACCCAAAGUAUCAAUAAUGCCUGGACCAAACAACUAUUAUUCGUUCAGGUAUCAAUACAUCCAAGGCUUUAUCUGUUGUUCUUCACCAGUAUAUGAUGUGGUUACGAUAUACAACCCUACCACGAGGCAAUGCAUUCCUUUACGUCCGAAGAUCGAAUCAAUGGCACCGUCACCAAAGAGACACAAACAUUGUUACUUUGGAUACGACCAUGUCAUGAAUGAAUACAAAGUGUUGGCCAUGGUUAUUGACUCACAAGAGUUAACGCAAACUUUUCAAUUGGUUAAAGAUUGUCAACAAUGGAGGACAAUCCGAGGCAAUAUUGAUGAGGAACUCAUUCCAAACGGCCAAGCGGGGGUAUGCAUUGACGGAACUAUUUAUUACGUAGCAGUUAGAAGAAAAGAAAUGUUCAAAUAUGGUGAAACUAUAAUGCUGAGUUUUGACGUGAGGUCGGAAAUAUUUUAUCAUGUCCGCACUCCUGAAGCAUUGUGGAGUCCCAAGUGGAAUGAUCGAGCUCUUUUCAACCACCAAGGGAAGCUAGGAUGCAUAAGUAAUAACGAAAACAAUACAAGUGUGUGGAUUAUGGAGAAUGCUGAGAAACAAGAAUGGUCCAACAUUACUUUUGACUUGCUUGAAUACCCUGGAGGUGAUUUCAGAACUUUCUCAGGUAUAUCACUCAUGCUGGUUAAUGUUAAUUUCAGUAUUUCCUAGUAAAUAUUGAUGAAAAUGGUGAGAUCUUGAAUUCUAUAUUUGUAUAGUUUAUGAAAUAAUGAUCCAAGAACUAUAAAGAAGUUUCAAUAUCACCAUCUCUAUAUUAAUCGUC